CUUUCGUUCGUCCUCGCAGAACGUUGCUCGCCGCACUCCGCCCGUAGUGCACUUUUAAUGCACUUUAGCGAUUCGCCUAACUAACGACUGAUUUUUCAUUCGAAUAUAAACCGUGUCGCGGUCGUUUAUUGUCCCGUGUGCCGUCGAAGUGUACGAAUGUGGUCGUGAUGCAAAUGGCGAUCAAUUGGUGACGAAGAGGUGUAUGUAUCUUGCCACGAAUAAAGUGUCAAGUGCCGGUGAACGAUAAAUACGAUGAUACGGAGUUGGUUCCUCAUCUACCUCUUUCUGCUGGCAUACGUUCAAGAAUGCUGGCAGCUCGUGAUAAAAAGCGUGAACGUCCCGGGGACUGUGAAGGCUGGCGACACCAAUUACGUGAUCCUGGACUGUGACUACGAUCUCGAGAACACGUCGAGCAAGGGAUUAGUCGUGAAAUGGUUCUUCAACGCCAACGAAGUGGCUUACCAAUGGAUAUAUGGCAGGGACCCCUUGGCCGGGGACAUCACGCGGAAGUACGUCGAUCUGAAGUACAAAGCCAGCGACGAUCCGUACACCGAGUACCGAGCCAUGAAAUUGAAUAAGCCCGGCAUCGACCUUACAGGCGAAUACACGUGCGUCAUAUCCACUUUCGCGGCCGAACAAUCUGCGAGUGCUUCUAUGGUUGUUUAUUCAACGGGAGACAAAUUCGAUCUUUUGUACAGAAAGAAGACCAUAGAUGAUAAGGAUGGAGUGGAGAUAACGUGUAUGGCAGAAGGGCUAUAUCCACAACCAACUCUGGAUAUAUUCAUCGUGGGUGUACCGGAAAAGCAGACACCGAAGCCCAGCGUUACGCUGCGUGACGAUGGACUCUACGAUAUCUUAUCACGAAUGGCCUUACUGGACGAAGAUUUACCGGAAGCAGCGAUUGUCAAAUGCUUGCUCGGUAUACCAAAGGCAAACUACAAUGUAUCCCAGCAAACCGUCUACUAUCCCGGAACGCCUACUACUACUGCAACUACAACAACGAAGCUACAGCACAAAAUGGAGAUCCAAGCGCCAGACAACUCAGAGACUGGCAAUGGUGGUGGGAAUUUCACUAGUCGAUUGUCAAUUAACAUCUUCCUCAUCUUGAUGCAUCUGGCGCUCGUCAGUAUGUUCAAGUAACCAUUUGUUUUCUAGGUUGCCGCCUAAAGGAAGCCCCAAGCGACUGGCAAAUGCUUGUCAAGAAGACCAGCCAUUUCGACCUUCUGUCUUGUUAAACCUAAGGACACUUAGCGACAAACAUCGUGUGCCCAGAUUAAGCGUGGUCUCUUCGUAAAUUCGAGAAGUGAACUUCGUCGAAAUUAAACCAGCGUUCAUGUUCAUCGUUUGCACCAGAAAGUCCUGUUUACGAACUUAUUCAUACACAAGCGUACCCACACACAUGUACGAGCUGUUUAGAACGUUAUUUGUACUUGUAAUGAAAUUUCUAGUUUACCGGUAUUGUAACUAGCGUGACCGCGGUUUGAAACAAAACAUUUAGGGUAGAACCUGUUGAGUGGAUUAGAAGAAGGAAUAGAGAAAUAUGAAAAUAAAGAGAGAGAAAUGAAAGCCAGCUCAAGGGGUGAUGUGUAAAUACUGUUCAAAAUUUGAUCGUAUUAUAGUUCGAGUCAUAUUGUAGACUGUGUUUGUUACUCUUCGUGUUAUGUCAGAUUUAUAAUAUAUUGUUUAAAUAAAUAAGAUGUAUGGAACUUUAUAUAUAUACAUGCGGAUAUAAAUACACAGAUAUAAAUAUAUAUGUGGACACGGGGAAGGCAGAAGAUCGAUUGGAUAUAUUGAUUAUACGUAACUUGAAUGUGUAGUUAUUUUAAUACGUGUAAAUAACUGCGACAAUAUGCGGUGUUAAGAUUUAAUUACGGCGAAAUUACGAAGAUUAUCUAGAAAAGGCGAAGGAUAAUGCACUUGCUUGAUGAAAGUGAACUGUACAAUUUCUGCAAAGGAUAUGUAUAUUAUUUAUCCCGAAGAAGCAUCACGAUAACGACAAUGAAUGAAAAUAAUCUAAUAAAAAGAUAGGGAGAAAAGGAGACACUGUCUAUGUAUUAGGUUGUUGCAUACUGCUGGCAAUAGCAUACUAUUGGAAAAACUACUGGAAAUUGAAUACAAAAUUUGAAGAAAGCAAAGCUGAUGAAUGUACUACACUGCACUAAUUUGAUGAACUUCAAUCAGAAAAUGUAAAACUCUAAAGGAAGCUUAUAACCAAUUAAAAUAAGCAAUCUCAACCAAUUAAUUAUUUUGAAGCUUUGGUUAAUGAACAUUAUCUUUAACACUGCUAAUAGUUGUUGGAAGUUUAGUGAUUAAGUAGGUCAUUUCGUCUGCAACAACUUAGUACUUGAAACUUUACGCUGAUAAGGUCGGUAAGUUUAAUUUAUCGAUUAAUCGUACUGAAACUUCGAACUCACUCAGGUGUUUUUAUCGUUCUAAUAAUACAUAAACGUCGAAAAAGUGAUUAGUAUUUAAUUUAAAUUACUAUUUCAUCGUUCUGUGAAUAUAUAUUCUAUACCAAAGAUAAUUUAAAAAAAAACCCCUGAUUGAACGAAAGUCGGGACUGUGUGCACACCAAAGUUCGCGUCUAAUUAAAUUAGGCCUAAUUUUUAAUUAAUAUCUCGCUAUUGCAUGUAACGAAUGACUAAUAACGUUUAUAAAAAAAAAUUCUGAUUCAUAAAACGAUGUGUCGUAUUUAAAAAAGAGAAAUAUCCUUUUGUAAGCCUAAUAAUGUGACGUAUAAAACAUGUUUAUUUUGUGUCGCGUGACUAUUAACACUUUGAUGGCCGGUAUAUUCUUUAUCUAAUUUUUAUCUAAUUAUCUAAAUACUAAUUACAAUUAAAAAAUUAGGGAAAAUUAAUUUUAUAGCGUACAUAAACUAAAACUCAUAAAUAUAAUUCUAUUUAAGUGUGGAAAGAAGUUUAAAUUUGCAAGAGUCAAUUAUUCCGUGAAAUGUGCGGUCGUUAAAGUGUUAAUAAUUCAUUAUUGUAUCAUCUGAUUAAUAAGAAGCAAAUCUGAAAUUAUUCAUACCUACGACUAAUAAGCGAGAGAGAAAAAAGAAUUAUAAUAGACGUUAUAGUUGUAAAUAAAUUGUCCUGUGUAGCUCUUCUAGUCCUUCGUACGAAAAAAGCCUAUCAGACUAAAGAAAGAAAAACGAGAAUUCUGUAUAUAAUUUCGUGUACGAGAAUUCUAAUUAUACAGAUGGCCGAAAGGAGGUUUUCACGUUUGUAAAAUUAAAUACAAUUCAGUACCGAGGAGAUCCAUAUUGGAUCUAUCAAUGUUAUACAUUUUAUGAGAUAUCCGUUUCCUCCAGAAAAAUAUCUCGCCGUUUUUUUUCUCUUUUCUUUUUUACUACAAUAAUAAAAAAAUGUUGAGCCGAAUACAAUCGUAUUGAAAUUUAUCUUCCGGACGAUAAUUUCGGAAACUUAUAAAAGUGUGCCUAAAAUUAAUUAGGGUAGCUGAUCAUUUUUCCGACAAGUUAAAAUUAUCUCGUUAGCAUGCGAUUAAAACUUGAUCUUUCAGCCUUUGAUGGGUUUUCUUAAUUAGUUUAGAAUUUCAAAACGGCGUUUCUCUCUUCUAUUUUCCUCAGUUAGUAAAACUUCAUUUUACUAAGGUAUCUUUCAAACUUUUAUUUGUUACCACUAAUUUUCCUGAAGAUAAGGUGUGUGAUUUUUAUUAUUUAAAUUUUCAAGCUUAUUUUAUGUAUGUUUUCGUGUACAAGUAUUAUUGUAAAACCCUAAUGUUUUUAGCAAUCAAGCCAAAAAUCUGUAUUGGAAAAUGUUCAAUACACUUUGUAAUAACUAAUAAAUGGAUUCUAUUUCA